UGUCUCAGUCUGCUCUGUCUCAGUCUGUCUUUCGUACGCAUGGUGUCUCGCAAACAGACGCGGGUGUGGAAGUACGUGGAGGAGGGCAGCGUGCUGAAGCUGAAGUCGUUUCUGCGGAAGCACCGGGACCUGGAUGUGAACUUCUCCCAGGGCCGGAGGCAGAGGAGCCCGCUGCAGCUGGCCUGCUCCCUGCGAGACGACGCUGCGCUGCGGCUGCUGCUCAAACACGGAGCCGAUGUCCUCCAGAGGGACCGUAAAGGAGACACGGCCUUACACAUAGCGGCUAACAGGGCUCUGAAACACGGGAAGACAGCAUAUGAUGACCUGGUCGUGCCUCUGAAAAAGAGCUGUCCUGAAGCUUUGACUGUUUCUAACAGAGCUGGAGUCACACCUCAAGACCUGCUGAACUGGACCAAACACACACACACUGCAGAGAACAUGAGCCGUCCAUCUGAAAGAGACGCUGAGAAGGAGUGGAUGAACAAGCUGUUUGAUGAAUGCGAGGAUGAAUUCUUUGAAACCUUUGGAGUUUAUGAUGCUGAUGAUUUUCUUCCUGUCGACGAUGACGAGGAAGACUUCGGGGACUGGGCUGACCGUAUUAGAAAAGAAUAUUUCGAUAAGAAGCAUGCUGAAGCGCAGAGACUGGCAGCAUCGUCUUCUGGGUGGAGAAAAAAGAAGAGUAAACAGGAGAGAGAGCAGGAAGAGAAAAGCAACAAAGAGCUGCAUGAAAAGCUGCAGAGGGAACAUGAAGAGUAUCUGGCCCGAGCAGCACGUAAAGAGGAGGAGACUCGGCGAGGUAAGAAGCGCAGGUACGAAGAGCGUUGUGCAGCUACGUUUGAUGGUGCCUCUUCUUCCGGCAGCGCAAAGCUGAGCUACAGCGACAUCCCUUGGCCAGCUCCACGAGGUACAGUGCAGGAGAUGCUGGACGUGAUGCUGCACGGCGUGGACAGGAAAGACGUGCCGGUGUUUCGAAAAAUGCUGCGGAAGCAGCAAGCACUGUGGCAUCCUGAUAAAUUUGCUCAGCGAUGUGAAGCUCGCUUAGAGGAGAAGGACAAACAGCGGAUCCUGGAUACGGUGACAGCUCUGUCGCAGGAGCUCAACAGAUUAGCUCAGAGUCUGAGGACUUGAAACCUUCCUGGAAAACUCUGGAAACACACUGAACUCGACACAAAAGUAGUUCCUUUAAUGUAAAAGAGCCAAAAACUCAGUUUACUUGUGCUGCAUUCAGACGCCUUUCACAAGCUAUUCAACCCUUUGAGACCUGAGAAAAUUUGGUUUAAUUUCUUUCAAAAAACACUGGGAAAAAAGCAAUGACCUACUUGGCAAAAAUUGUCCACAACUUCAAGAAUUUGGUGGAAAGUGACAAGAAAAUAACCCAAAAAUGUGUUUUAAAAAUGAGGGGAGGGUUAUUCAGACUUUGUCAAUGUCUAGAAAACAACUAGAAUUAUAAUAAGUUUAUAUUUAAUAUCGCUUUAUAUAAAACAAAUGCAUAUGUAUUUUAAAAUUUUC